GCCAAUCACUAUGUGCCACAAAUCGUACGUCAUAUAGAGGAAGGUCCGGAGAGUACUGUAUAAAACCCCUGCUUGUCGUCUCAUUCAGAUACUCGUCGAAGAAGUUCUCACUAUGGCAAGAACAAAGCAAACUGCCCGCAAGUCCACUGGAGGCAAGGCCCCUAGGAAGCAGCUCGCCACCAAGGCAGCGCGUAAAAGCGCACCGGCUACCGGUGGCGUAAAGAAGCCUCACCGCUACAGGCCAGGAACUGUAGCCCUGAGGGAGAUCCGUCGUUAUCAGAAAUCUACAGAGUUGCUGAUCCGCAAGCUUCCAUUCCAGCGUCUGGUCAGGGAAAUCGCUCAGGAUUUCAAGACCGACUUGCGCUUCCAGAGCUCUGCUGUCAUGGCUCUGCAGGAGGCAAGCGAGGCUUACCUGGUUGGUCUGUUCGAGGAUACCAACCUGUGCGCCAUCCACGCCAAGAGAGUGACUAUCAUGCCCAAGGACAUCCAGCUGGCUCGUCGUAUCCGCGGAGAGCGUGCUUAAAUUGACAUCGGUCGACACCCCAAAACGGCUCUUUUAAGAGCCAACUACUUCUCUUACUAGUAUUUUCCAUUUGGUUCAUCACUUAUAAAAAGGAAAGAUGCUAUUCCAUUUUGACAACACAUUAAAAACAUCUAGUAUACCUUAUCCUUUCAUAUACCUUUUAGUGGCUUGAGCUAUUACAUUUUACCACUGCCUGCAUUGUGAUUUAUACUGAAUACUUUUACAAAACUAACAUUUAAGGUAUAAAUAUAACUAACAUAUAGGGCAUAAAGGCUUUAAGUUGUAGCCUGUGAAUUUAUCCAGUGGCCGCCAUGAUGCAGAGAACUGUCUUGUCAAAGUCCCCCCACACAUCCUUGCCAAUAUAGGCCUGCAGUGUCCAAAUGCGGUGCGAUAUGCAUGGACCUGUAUUGGUACUUUUAUGGGUAAACUAGUGGCAAAUCAGGUCGAUAUUCAAUGGGCCCAUUACAUCCAGAGCCCGCUGUUAAUGUUUCUACAGGUUAAUAAAACACCAACCCUGCUUCGCAGUGCUGCAUAUUGUAAAUAUCAUUUCCUAUGUACUUACUAUCUGCAGUGUUGUCUGUGAUUGUCCUAAAUAGUCACUGGAUUAG